AUGGCUGCUGACAUGUCUGUCUCUGUUGGCUUCAAUGUCGAGACUGUCACCUAUAAGAACCUCAAGUUCCAAGUUUGGGAUCUCGGCGGCCAGUGCACGAUCCGGCCAUACUGGCGCCUUUACUACGCCAACACCGAUGCUUUGAUAUAUGUGGUGGACAGCGCGGACCACGAUCGAAUGCGCAUCGCCAAGACCGAGCUCUUCGCCAUGCUCGAGGAGGAGGAGCUCAAGAAUGUGCCGCUGCUGAUCCUGGCCAACAAGCAGGACCAGGACGGAGCCAUGAGCGCGGCGGACGUCAGCGAGGCCCUCCAGCUGUCCAAACUCCCUCCCACCCGGACCUGGCACAUCCAUCCCACCUCCGCCAUCAAGGGGGACGGGUUGCACGAUGCCUUCGAUUGGCUGGCCAACACAUUCACGAACAAGUGA